GAUUCACGGGCACUGGUAACAAAGCUCAGAAUGUUGAUUUACCAAUAAGCACAAAUAUCCCAUAUAUCUGGCCUUACCAAGUGGCAUCUUCCGGGAUUACAGAUGCUAUCAUUCUAUCCGGAGAGAGUAGCGACAACCAUGUUUUGACCACCAUUUGAUUUAUUAAAUUAAUCGAUGUCAGUUUUCCUUAAUCUUGCCUCAGCAGUGAGAAACUCUGUCAAGUUGCCUGAAUAGACUUCAACGCGGAGCCUCUUCUACGGUUCGGAACGAUUUCGUCAAACAAAGAAACCUAGCUCAACGGACCAGUUUUCUACCGAUGAGCCGUCUGCAGUUUCUUCCAUAGUGUGUAAAUCAUUUGCGGAAAGAAUAUCAAAUCAACAAUGGCAAAUUCAACGCCAGGAUUAAAUGACACGGAUUUUUAUUUUCCAUUGAUUAAACAACCGGUGUAUAUGGUUGUGAUCUAUUCCUUGGCUUACAUCAUCGUGUUCCUGACUUCUAUGGUUGGAAACAUCAUGGUGAUGGCGGUGGUCUUUAAGAACAAAAGCAUGCACUCUGUCACAAAUUACUUCCUGGUGAAUCUGGCUGUGGCGGAUAUACUUGUGACAAUCGUCUGUGUGCCAGUCAAUCUCUUAACAAGCUUGUAUAAUGGCUGGCAGCUGGGUGCCUUUAUGUGUAAGCUGACGCCCUAUCUCCAAGGAGUGGCAGUAUGUGCGUCCGUCAAUACACUGGCAGCAAUAGCAUUAGACAGGUACUUUGCCAUCUGCCACACCCUAGUAUUAAAAAUCGAUACUCGCAAGUCUCGACUUAUCCUACUUGGAAUUUGGGUGACAGCCUUCGCCAUAAUGGUUCCCUGGCUUGUCUUCUACCAGGAAGUGGAGUACAGCAACAGCAAACAGGUUCUGUACUUCUGUAUUGAAGAGUGGCCACGCUUCACCAUCCAACAAGCUUACUACAUGGGUGUCAUCUUCUUCUGUUGCUACACGAUCCCACUGGCUAUGAUCGUAGUUUGCUAUGUUCUGAUUGGCAUCAAGGUUUGGCGACGCGGUGCACUGGGGGAAAGAAACAGUAGUACAGGCGUUAUACAAAGAUCAAAGGUCAAGGUCAUAAAGAUGUUGGCCGUAGUCUGCAUUCUUUUUGCAUUUUCAUGGCUUCCAUUGUAUGGUCUAAAAUUUUGGCGAAUGAUCCAACCGGAAGUGGACGUCAAUUCACAGAAAAUCGUCAGCGAUAUUAUAUUCCCUGUGGCUCAAUGGCUUGGAUCAUCGAAUUGCUGCGUUAACCCAUUGAUAUAUUGCUUUUUCAGUCGUAAGUUCAGGAAAGGAUUCAAGGAUCUGUUGACAUGUUGUGAUGGAAAAGUAAAGUAUGUUUCAGGUUCUCCAGAGGCAAGGCAAACAAUGAAUACUCGAUGGACCUCUCGAAGCAGCCACUGUCAGUGUCGAGUGUAGUAUUUGUCACUCAGAGAAAUUGUUGAUGUAAACUUGACGUAUUAUUGUAUGAAACGUGGUUGCUUCCGUGUGCAUUUUUGUCAUAUAUCAAAUUCCAACUAUAAAUGCAGCUCAUUCCCGAGGACUUAAAUCAUAAAUCUUGAUCAAAUACUCACAAUCAUUAAGAUUAACUCAUGCAAACUAAACGCCACCACAUACAAAUGUAUGACAUGCUUUUAGGGAAUGUUGGUAGAAUAAUGACACAUAUGAAACAUUCCAUACAGAAUUAACUGUAUACGUGUUGAUUCAGUCAUCUAUCACCGACAUCAGCGUUUCGUUGUCACGCAGAAUUCCUCGUAUUUGAUCCAAGCAUUGGGGAUGCCAAAGCAUUGAGCCCCCUGUCCAUUUUGCUGCUAAAGUGUUACAAGUGGCCUAAAACCAUACAACUGAAAUAAUUUAAAAAAAAGGCAUUGUGUUCAGGUACCAGGUAUUACAACAUGGGAAGUUUGUGUGAUCUUUGGAUAAAAACAAUAUUGUCAUAAGCUGUUUACCAACUAAUUCUCAACUGUGACAGAGGCUGAUUCAACAAAGAUAUUUGUUCCGUUGCCAUCUCAGAUUCAUUUGGAACCAUUAGUAUUCUGCACAGGAACAGCCAUCACACUGGCAUUUGGAGAAUCGAUAAUGGUUAAGGUUCUUCCUUGUUCACAAGACAUAAUUCACAUGUUGUUCAGUACUCUGCAAUUGUAUUUCAAUGAGUCAUUAUUCUAUUGGGAAAAUGACUAUUUUUGCAUUCAUUGUCGUCCAUUUACAUUAAGUAGCACUCAUUUACUUCACAAUCAGGUGCAACAAGUAGGGUAAAGUGUGCUAGUUACCUUCUCCAUUUAUUGUACUUCCUUCAACAUGUAAUGUCUCUUGUUAACCCCUGACUGACUGACUGACUCCACUGAAUGCCAGUGCAAACAAAAAGACAAUUUUGUCACGUUUCAUGAAAGAGCCAUACUAAUGAUUAUGAGUAUAAUAUAUCUCUUUUCACCAUCCCUCUACAUCACAUAACGUUUACUUGCCACUUCAACAGAUGUAAUUAUU